CGGUCCCAAGGCGCAAUGUGUAGCUCAUCUUCUUCUGAGAGACGUGCGCUCUGCUCCACUCCUGCGCUCACACAACCUGCUGCUCUUCUGUAAGUACUGCAGGUCACAGCCUUUCCAACUUAAAAAGUAGCUGUGAUGAAGGGAGAGGUGUCUCUGCCGGUUCAGUAAAUCAGCAGGACUUAUGAAUGAAAACAUAUUACACACAACGGGGACAGAAAGAGGCAGAACACUUCUUUGCAUUCGGAGGUUCCUGUCCCGGUGUAACUCUCAUACCAUAAUGGUGGCUUUUAAAGGGAUCUGGACCAAGGACUUCUGGAGGGCUGUGUCAGGAGAAUACCUGGCCACUGUCAUCUUUGUCCUCCUCGGCCUGGGCUCCACUAUCAACUGGGCUGCGGGCGAGGAGAAGCCCCCCCCCGCCGACCUGGUCCUCAUCUCCCUGUGCUUUGGCCUCAGCAUUGCUACGAUGGUGCAGUGUUUUGGCCACAUCAGCGGUGGACACAUCAAUCCAGCCGUCACUGCAGCUAUGGUUGUGACUAGAAAACUGAGCCUGGCAAAGGCUGUGUUCUAUGUAGUGGCUCAGUGCCUGGGAGCUAUUACUGGAGCUGGGAUUCUCUACUUAGUCACACCUGCUGCUGUUAGAGGAUCCCUCGGUUUGACAACGGUGAACUCCACCAUCUCCGUGGGCCACGCCCUUCUUGUGGAGCUCCUCAUCACGUUCGAACUGGUCUUCACUGUGUUCGCCACCUGUGACCCCAAACGCACAGACCUCAGCGGCUCUGCAAGCCUGUCUAUUGGCCUUGCUGUAGCUAUAGGUCACUUAUUUGCAAUUCCCUACACAGGAGCCAGCAUGAACCCGGCUCGUUCCUUUGGGCCCGCAAUGGUCACGCUUAACUUUGAGAACCACUGGGUGUAUUGGGUGGGUCCCGUUCUGGGCGGCAUCUUGGCUGCAGGUUUGUAUGAGUACCUGUACUGCCCUGACCCUGACAUAAAGAUGAGGCUGAAACACGUCUUUAAGAGGGACUCGUCAGGGAUAUACAAAGAAGUGGAAAGCAAGGACCUUGGCAUCAAGCCAGGAUCCAUCCAUAACAUUGAUCUGGAGAAAGCUGAGAAAACACAUUCUUUCCAGGACACGACGGGAGAAGUGCUGUCCUCUGUAUGACUAUCACGAGCACUGGAAAUGGAGACUAAUUUGUAGCAAAGAAAGACAGUUGAACUCUGGAGUAUCCAUCUUGAACUUGUUCCCCUCCAUCAACUUUGUCCUCAAAGAUGACAAUGAUUUUUGUCAAUGACACAACGCAGCGGUAGAACUUUCAUUGCCAUAAAACUAAUAUGAUAUUAUGGCUUAAUCCAACAAACAACUAUAGCCCAUUCAAUUCUCUUUCCAAGGACCUCUCUGAGUGAUUUAAUCACAGUGUUGUCAUGCAGCUCACACUACACACUGCUGAAUGACAGCCCCGAUACAUUGUGCUGAGGAAGUAUGUGUAGGGUCAUCCAAUUAUGUGGGGUCAUCACGCUGAAUUGGGGAAGUGAGGAGGAAAAUGCAACCUUGUUAUUUUUGGAUUAGUGUCACAUUUGGUCUGCCUUCUGUAUAUGUAAUGAAAGGAGAGAUUGUCCUUGUUGAUCAUUAAACACAUUAUGGAUCAUAGGCGAUGUAAGGCAGCUAUGAGAAGCUGUGUUAACAGAGUUGUGUCACCGUUCUCUAUUUCCAGUGCGUUAAUCAGUUUGUUUAUCUCAUGGAAACUGUUUUUUUUUUCGGAGGGUGUGUUUUUUUUUGGAAUUCAUCUCCACAGUCCCUUUACAUUUCUUUUAUCUAUGUAACAAAACUUGUGCACUUAGCUUUUCCUUUCAUACUAUAAAUCUAGACUUUGACACUUGAUGUUGCUGUGUGAUCUUCUGAGCGCGUUACUCAAGUAUUUAAUGUGUUGAUAUGUGGAGUCAGUUCUUUGACAGAUGGUUGACUUCUUUUGGUGUUUUUGUGUUACAAUAUUCCUCAUGUGUGUGUGUGUGUGUCUGUGUGUCUCUGUGUAUGUGCAGAUUGGUUCUCAGUAGGAUCCAUUCAACUUCAAAUGAGGUAUUGUAAGUGCUUAUUAAGUAAUUAAUCAAAAAAAUGUUCUUUUUCAUUUAAAUUAAAAUACUACACAAAUAAAGCUGAGUAGAGUUGAAGAUAUAAUGUACAUUUUUCCAUUGUGUGUGAGGGAUUUCAAACAGAACAGAUUAGCUUCACGUCUCCUCUGCAGGAUUCACAUACUGAAAAUAAAUAUAGAUAUGCUAUUUUACUUGGAUCAUCUGCAGUCGUACUCAGGAAAGGAUAUAUCCAGACCUGGUGGUGAACUGGAUCUGUUUUGUGUUAGUUGCAACUUGCAAGGUGCAUCAGUAAGAAGAGCUCCGUGUACUCUCAGUCCAUCAAAGCAGAAAGACGGGACUAAAUUAUACGAAAUAGAAAUUGUCUGUUAUUUUUGUGCUUUAUUUGCUUUCCUAAAUGUAUCGCUGAUCUUGCAACAAUGCUGCUUGCUGCAACUGUACGACAUUUGCAAGGUCUCAAUACUGGUAUACUGUAUUUCAGAGGCUAAAUCAAAAUGUUAUUUACUCCCACAUAGACCGUCUCCCUCCUUUGA